UCCUAGCUUUAUACAGCGAGGAAGGAAUCUCAGAUCAUCACUUAGAUCAACUCAAGAUGCCUGCGGAGGAAGGUGCUUACAAAAAAAGCGGAGAGCCCAAAAAAUUUGACCCCAACUUCAAAGGGCCCAUUCAAAACAGAGGAUGUACAGACAUUAUUUGCUGUAUCUUCUUCAUCAUUGCCAUAGCGGGCUACAUUGCAGUGGGAAUACUGGCCUGGACUCACGGUGACCCGAGGAAGGUGAUCUACCCCACAGACAGCAUGGGACAGUACUGUGGCCAGGGAAAACUGGAGAAGCAGCCCUUGUUGUUCUACUUUAACAUGAUGAAGUGUGCCAGUCCCAUGGUCCUCCUAGAGUUCCAGUGUCCCACCCCUCAGGUGUGUGUAGAGAAAUGUCCUAAUCGCACUAUGACUCUGAUAAAGGCCAUCACUGAUCAAUCUGAUUGGAAAUAUUACAAAGAAUAUUGCAGAGAAGACCCUGGGAAGAAGAGUGUGCCACAAAUUUUGCAAGAAAAACUGUGUCCUGCAUAUCUGAUUUCCAGCAAACCAUUUUUGCAACGGUGUUUUCCAUCUUUGGGCAAAAAGGGUGAAGUUAUCACAGUGGGCAAUCAAGAGACAUUUAAUGAUGGAGAGAAGACAAGAGAUGCCAAAGACCUGGUGGCUGGGAUGAAGAACGCCACAAUAGUCAUGGAGGGUCGUCAAGUUGCAAUGAAGAUCUUUGAGGAUUACACAAAGUCUUGGUACUGGAUCCUAAUUUGUUUGUUGAUUGCUGUGGUGUUGAGUCUGAUCUUCAUCGUUCUUCUGCGAUAUCUGGCUGGAAUCAUGGUCUGGGUCAUGAUUCUCAUGGUCGUCAUUGUCAUCGCCUAUGGUAUUGCUCACUGCAGCAUAAAGUAUGUCAAUCUGAAGGACUCGCCUGGCUCUAAUAUCACUCUACAGCAGCUGGGCUUCCAGCCCGAUUUCUCCGUCUACCUGCACAUCAGACAGACCUGGCUGGCUUUCAUAAUCAUUCUGGCUAUUUUGGAGCUCAUUAUCAUCCUCCUCCUCAUAUUCCUCAGAAACAGAAUCCGGAUCGCUGUUGAGCUCAUAAAGGAGGCCAGCAGGGCCAUCGGUUUUGUGAUGUCAUCGCUGUUUUACCCUAUUUUUACCUUCCUCCUCCUGACCAUAGUCAUCGCUUACUGGGGUGUCACUGCAGUUUUUCUCUCUACAUCUAGUGAACCUGUCUAUAAGGUUUUCAACGAAACCGUCUGUUCACAUUCCAGAGAAACCUGCGACCCUGAGAACUUCACUCUUUCUCAAAUUAAGAAGGACUGUCCGCAGUCUGAGUGCCUGUUUGCUUUCUAUGGUGGUGAAACGCCAUAUCACAAAUACCUGAUCUUCUUUCAAUUCUACAACGUCUUCCUGUUCUUCUGGUGUGCCAACUUUGUCACUGCUCUGGGUCAGAUGACUCUGGCAGGAGCAUUUGCAUCCUACUACUGGGCUUUUAAAAAACCCACGGACAUGCCUGCUUUCCCAUUGUGUGCCUCAUUGGGCAGAUCCCUCAGGUAUCACACGGGCUCUCUGGCGUUUGGUUCUCUCAUCCUCGCCAUCGUCCAGGUUAUCAGGGUUCUGCUGGAGUAUAUUGAUCACAAACUCAAGGGAGCAGAGAAUAAAUUCGCCAAGUUCUUGUUGUGCUGUUUGAAAUGCUGCUUCUGGUGCCUGGAGAAGUUCAUCAAGUUCAUAAACAGGAACGCUUACAUUAUGGUGGCCAUAUACGGUAAAAACUUCUGCCGGUCGGCAACUGAUGCCUUCAUGCUCCUGAUGAGAAAUGUUGUCAGGGUGGUAGUCCUGGAUAAGGUCACCGAUUUCAUCUUAUUCCUUGGAAAACUCCUUAUUGUUGGGCUUGUGGGGAUCUUCGCUUUCUUCUUCUUCUCAGGACAUACUGAAGCGUUUAAGGGUGCUGCACCCAGUCUCCAUUAUUACUGGGUUCCUAUUUUGACUGUGCUGGUCGGCACCUACCUCAUCGCCCAUGGGUUUUUCAGCGUUUACGCCAUGUGUGUGGACACGCUCUUCCUCUGCUUCUUGGAGGACCUGGAGAGGAAUGACGGCUCCCCAGAACGACCCUAUCUGAUGUCUGAUAACCUUCUCAAUGUUUUGAAGAAGAAGAACCAGGCCAACUAGUCCACAUUGAUGGUCAGGGUUAUACGUACAGUACGUGCUUGUUUUCUGUGAGGCCUUGAAAAACCGGAGUUGCCUGAAAUCGUUUCAAUGCCGUAUUCACUGUGCCUUAGAGAACCAGAGACAAUCAUAUUAAUUAUGAAGUGAUUGACCUCUGUAUCUCAGCCAUACUUUAAGAUUUUUAAUGCAGGAACACCAAAAACUUCACUUUAGAAUAAGGUAAGAUUACACCUACUGGCUUUUUUCAGACACUUUCUGAAGUAGAUUUGUUUAAAUGUCUAAAAAAAUGUUUGCAAUAACUGCCAAGCAUUUUAAUGCCCACUUUGAAGAAUACUGGAAAUGUAAAGAAGUGUUUCGUCCAAAAUGUUCUGCAUUUUGAUAUUUAGUUACCUUUUUCAUCGUUUUAUAUUUGUUUGUUUUUUUGUUUUUUUAUAUAUAUAAAAACACAAUUCGGUGUUCACUGUGGUGUUGGACAGGAUUGUACAAGAAUAUGCAUGAAUCAAUCAUAAAACAAUGUUUAUAAUAUUUCAGAUGCAUAUUUACUUUAAUGUUAGGUCAUUCAUUCUUGCUCCUAACAGCUGAAUCUGUGGCCUUGUGUACAUUUAUAAUAAGAAGUGCCUGUAUUUAGUUCAAACAGUUAAAGACUGACACUGUGUUCAUGACUUUAUUCAGUGUUUUAAGAGUUUUGUUACAUGUUGGUAUGCCUCAAUACGUGGUAAAUAAAGAACUUAUAAAACCUG